UCACCCACCGACGCGUCGCCAACGGAAACUUCUCAAAGAGCCGACCGGUUCCACCGCGGCCGUAGCUCCAACGCCCCCUAACGCCGCGGCCGCCUCCUCCCCAAAGGCCGCCGUGAGCUCCGCCCCGCCCCGCCCCUCGCCGGCAACCACCGGACGCCGCCAUGCCGCCCCCAGUCCCUCCUUCCCGCCUCCACCUCCACCGCCUCCUCUUCGUUGCGGCGCUCUCGCUCCUCCUCGCACAAACCCUAGCCUCCUCUUCCUCCGGCGCGGCAGCCGCAGAACCCGGCGACCCCUGCGCGGUUUCCGUAUCGGACGGGGGCGGCGAGGCCCCGUCGUGCCCGGUGCGGUGCUUCCGCCCGGACCCGGUCUGCGGCGCCGACGGGGUCACGUACUGGUGCGGCUGCCCCGAGGCCGCGUGCGCGGGGGCCCGCGUAGCGCGGCGCGGGUACUGCGAGGUCGGCGCCGUCUCGGCGCCCGUCUCCGGGCAGGCGCUGCUGCUCGUGCACAUCGUCUGGCUCUUCGUGCUCGGUGCCGCCGUCCUCCUCGGCUUCCUCUGAUGCCCAUUCCCGCGGUUGUAUCCCCCUCCCCGCAUGUAAAAGAGAGCUCCAUGUAAAACUAUUCUUUUUCGCGAUUUUUUUGUUGGUUCUUGGUGUGUUGUUGAGCGGUGAGGAAUGGCCCUUUAACGAUUUCGUUGUGAUUUACUAAUUUUGAGAGGAUUCGGCGGGAGAUGUUACGUGAUUCUUUCUUAGAUCUGUUGGAUUCAGCUGUGCUCUAGAUUUCAGAGCAGAGCUGCGCUGAUUGGCUGUGAAAUGUUGUAGGUUGUGAUCAUGUAAACAGUUGUAAAUCCCGUUCUAACAUUUGCAGUGAUCAGUUUGUGGUGG